CUUCACAGUCUCAUCCUACAUCUAGAAAUCUCACCUAUUUCAUACUGAAAUUUAUCUCAAUUUCGUUCUCAUCUUUCAAUUACAUCCCUGAGGGGAGAAAAAAGAAACUGAGAACAAUCAUGAGUGCUCCGGUUACAUUCACUGAUGAAUUCAGCAGCCCCGUCCCGGCGCCAAGGAUGUUCAAGGCUUUGAUCCUCGAUGGCGAUAAUCUCAUCCCCAAGCUCCUGCCUCAGGCCAUCAAGAGCGUCGAGCUCGUCCAUGGCGACGGAGGCCCUGGGAGCAUCAAGCAGAUGAACUUCGCCGAAGGCAGUCACAUGAAGUACGUAAAGCACAGAGUCGAUGCACUGGACAAGGAGAAGAUGACGUACAGCUACUCAAUGGUGGAGGGAGGCGAAUAUGCAGACAAGAUCGAGUCGAUCUCUUAUGAAAUCAAGAUGGAGGCAUCUCCUGCUGGGGGCUGUAAGGGCACGAACGUGAGCAAGUACCACCCAAAACCAGGGGUUGUGAUCAACGAGGAGGAGAUCAAAGCCGGGAAAGAGAAGGCCAUGGCCGUCUUCAAGGCCGUGGAGGCUUAUCUCGUGGCCAACCCCGAGGCCUAUGCCUAAAAAGCUUUUGUCUUAUAUUAUCGUCUCUGUUUGAAGCAAGUUUUGCAUCUCUCUCUGUGGAUCCCAUAAGUUAUGCUAAUUAUAAUGGGGUCCUCUAUAUGUGAGAACCCCUUGAUUGAGAGUGCUAAUGGUGUUGCUCGUACAAUAAAGUUUCUCCAAUUCUACUA